UCUGCCUCCUCUCUUUACGACCUCCUUCCCAUCUUACCUCCAUAUCCCCCUUUCAUGAAAUGGCCCGCUCAAAAAAGUUAGAAAACGGACCGCCAUCCUUACGCACUCCCAGCCCUAGCUCUUCCUCACCUGACCGACCGGUAGGACCCCUUAGCAUCCCUGUCGCUCUGGAAGACAGAGAGGAGGUCAAAAUAAACAACGCGAACUUGACAGAACUGAAAAAUGCUUGUGAUGAUGCUGUAAAACGUUAUCUAUCGCGACCCGAAUUAUUCAAACAGAUCUACUUGCAUGCAGAUGUACGAUUAGGACUGGGAUGGGCGAGUGUUUUUGUUGCUGCAGGUACAGCGUUAUAUGGGUACAAGGUCGAUUUCGAACAGUCGAAACCUGUCGUGUGGGCGGGGCUCCUCUUAUACAUGCUCCUGACAACGCUUCAAACAUUGUACGCCUACUUCGUUGAAGGUGAUAUCGUUUAUUCGGGGAAGAGAAAAACGUUUGCGCGAAGGAUUGUCUCCGAAAGGAUCACUCUCUCCUCACGUACUAGACCGGUUAAAGGAGUACAACCACCAGCAUAUGAAGUUGGGGUCACAUACGUUCGUUCGACGAGUGGUGGCAAGUCUCUUUUGGCCAAGGGUAAAACCCGGGGACUCAAGGAAUACAAUGCACUUUUCGGCGAACAAGGUACAAUGGAUCAAGAAAAGUUCGAGAAGUGGGUUGGCGAGUUGGUUGAGCAAGCCAUGGAAGGAAAGUCGUCGUGAAUGUUAAUUUGGGUUACAUUUACGUCAUGAUACCUUCGUGAUUUAGCUUGUAUCAGGUGUCUCAGUUCAUAAUUAUCAGUGUAAUGGUCCACUUUCUUUCGUCGUUCUUGGAAUAACUCGUUACCAAUACUUUCAUAUUGCUAUGUCUCGUGUAGCCGUUCCUUAUUCAGUUCACAUGAACAUAAAAUAUAUACGACCCAAAUACUUUGCACUCGAU